GUUAUCCAGUUGAAGAGUCCUUAGAGAUUUGAGAAAACUCACUCGAAUUGUAGGACUCUCUUGAGACAUGAGAAAGGCCGUCGAGUGCUCAUCGAAUUUUUCCCUGUGAUUUAGACAGCAAUAUUCAAUCGGCAAUGCAGUGAAGCAAGAACACAGAUACGCUCGCUUUCAGAUAUGAAUAUCUGUCAAGUACUAGGAAUUUGAUUUCCACAAGCUGGUGCGUAUGCAGUGCUAAGACAUAUAGUAGUAGAUUCCAUGAUGGGUUCGUAUUCCAAUAGAAACCAUAUGAUACCAGAAGCUAGUGCAGGGGCAUCUGUUCCGCAUUUUGCCUGGUUUUAUCCAAAUGUUUACCCUACACCAAAAUCCAGUUCAUUUAAUUCUCAAGGAAUUCCAAUUGAUGGACAACAAGGUCUUCCUGUGACUCCUAUUCGGUCAGUUGCUCCCUCAGCUGAGCCAGCAAAGAAUAAUAACUCGGGAUCUAAACCUGCUAAGACAAAGAAACAGAAACCGUCCAUAAAGGUUUCCAACCAAAUGCCAUCCAGGAUUUCGAAGCCAAAGCAACCCAAAAAGUCUUCUCGAAAGAAAGGACAAAGCACGCCUGAAGCAAACCGUGAAAAAAGGAAUCUUGAUGUUGAUAUUGAUAUAAGAAACUUUGACUUUUCUGGGGUGCCUUCUCCAUUUUGCUCUUGCACAGGAAUGCAUAGAGUUUGCUACAAGUGGGGUGCCGGUGGAUGGCAAUCCUCUUGUUGCACUACUAACAUAUCUGAAUAUCCUCUCCCCAUGAGUUCUACAAGGGCUGGGGCUCGCAUGGCUGGGAGGAAAAUGAGUAAUGGAGCAUAUCUGAAACUUCUAUUGAGACUGGCAGCUGAAGGUUAUGAUCUUUCUCAUCCAGUUGACUUGAAGAACCACUGGGCUAGACAUGGUACCAACAAGUUUGUUACAAUCAAGUAGAGGAUUGGCAGUUACUGACUAUAUAAAUACCAGUAUGUAUAAUUCCCAUCUCUUUUUUACCCCCGUUUUUUCCAUUUUCUUUUUCCUGGAUAAUUAGGUGUAGUCUCUUGCUAUAUCCAAGGAUGCUUCUAUGUAGGUUGUAAAUAUUCCCUAGAUAUCUAGAACCAUUUUCUGGUUUCCUCUAAAGCUGUGUUUUCACAGAGAUACUUAUAAUUCUCAGAUCCUUUGCUUAUUUUGGCAUUUUGUUACUGCUUCUAACAUAAUAUCGGAAGGAAGCUAAUGGACUAUGUCUAUUAUGAGGAUACAUUGUUCUGAUGAAGUAAUAUUGUUGACA